GGCAUGGAAACGUUAUUCUUUAAAUUUAGUCAAAGAAUUAGUUUGAAAUGUGAAAAAUAAUGUUAUAGUAUUUGCUUGCGAGAAUAUGGCCGGUUGUCGGGUAGUGCUCACUUUCCCUUUUUGAGUGCAACCUUUAUUCUUCCCCUCCUUGCAUUGCGGAAUCCAUGAUGGCACAGACACGGUGGGGAUCAUACUAAGUUGAUUUCCAAGAGCAGACCUUAAGUUGAUGUAAAUGUGGGAGAGUGAUAGUUGUCAUAGUUGUGGCAAGUCAGGGCACUGGGCAAGACAAUGCCCCAACAAAGCCAGCGUGGGCGAUGAUUUUGAUGGUAAGAAAUUUCGACGGUCCUUGCCCUGCCGUUGCGGUGCUGGUUGUUGCAAACUUUUCACCUCAAACACACUUAAAAACCCUGGACGCAAUUUCUAUCGCUGCCCCGCCAACGACAAAAGCAAGUGUCAGUUUUUCAAGUGGGCUGACGAGGUAAACUUUGACGAAUUUAUUAAUGUUCCGCUUUGCCGUUGCGGUGCUGACUUUUGCCGGGUGGGUGCCGAGAGUGAUGCGGGUCGGAUUUUCUUCAUCUGUCCAAUUAAAAAGGGACAUGGAGCUUGUGACUACAAACUAUGGCUAGAUGCUGAGGAAGCAGUAGCAAGAAGCGCCCAAGUAAAUGAAAGCACUAGUUCAUCUCUGUCGACACUGACCAGUGUUGAUGUCAGUUCUGCAUCUAGUGACUUGGUUGAGGAAUGCAGUGUAAGAUCCGGAGUUGGUGAUAUGGACACAUCUCCUGAAGAGAUUUAUUAUAACCUCAACACUUUUCCUGCAACAACUGGACCACUGAAGAGUCGCACAGUAAUUUUAGAGGAUUUCAUUGGAGAGGACGAGGUGUUGGAUGAACCUUCAAGAAAGCACUGCAAAAGAUCACGAAAAGGUGAGCUUAAAGUUGGUGAUACUUCUCUUCUCUCUUCAACUGGUUGCUUGCAGUUGCCAGCAACAAAGUCGAGGAACUGUUUGGCUGACGAAAUGCUUCAUCUGUCUCUUGUGGAAUCUGAGGGGGAGAUUCAUCCAAUACAGACUGAAGUUUGCAAACAGAUUCUUGUAGAUGUUCCAGCUUCAUUUGCUCCUUCCCUAGCUCAUUCUUCUGUCUCACCAAUGCAUUUGGUGGCAACAAUGGAUUGGAUGUUAAAUUCUAUUCAUCCAAAUUUAAAUGUUGCACUCCAGGGUUGGUGGGGCAGGCUUGCCUUCCCCCCUCCUCGGUGCUUGAUGGUACCCUCAGUAGAGCAUUUUACGCCCUAUGUUUUUCCUCCUGAGCCCAUCUUUAUCCUUCAAGAUGCGGGUAGAGAAGAUGAUGCUUCCCCAGCCACUCAGCAAAGAAAUCUUUUACCAACUGAAAUUAACAUCUCUUCAAUGCUUACGGUUGAUGAAGAUGUGCAGCUCCUAGACUCUAUCAAAAAGAAGCCUGAUGGAAAAAGUUUCCAGGGAGGUGGACAAAACAGCACUAUGCGGUGUUCGAUCUCAAAGGUAUUUUGGCAGGCUGCUGAUCGUCUUCAGAAGGAUCUUCUUACCCUUCUUGAGUCGAUGGAUAUCAAUGAUCACAAAACUAUGAUCAAAGAGACAGAUGCUACUUUUGCUGCUCUGGACCAAUUAGGUGUUGAUCGCCAACAUUUUAGUGAACGAGUGGAGACUUUUAUUUCUUCUGUAUCAUCACUGGCUAAAAUUGAAUGCUCUUUAUCCAGUGAUCAAUGCUUUGAAACCCUUGUUAAUCACUGGAUUUCCGAGAAACUAAAAUUAGAUGAGCUUUCUCAUGCUCAUGUUGAGGCAAUUAAUGCUUCUACUCUUGUUGAGCAACGCCUUCUAAAGCUUGAGGACGAAGCUUCUGUGGUUAGAGCUAGGCUUUCUCAAAUCGAGGCUGAAUUAGCCCAUUGUGAGGUGGAGAACUCAGCUCUGCGAUACAGAUUGGAACAUAUCAGUGAGGAGAAGAAAAAUUCUGAGGAGAGUCUUUCGAUUGCAUUGAAGGAGUUGGAGAAUGCUCAAGAACAGCGAAAUGCUGCAAAGACAGCAUAUGAGACAGCAAAAGCUAUGCUUCAUGAAUAAAUCUGGUGUCUACUCCUUAACAAUGAUGAUGUAUCGGGAGGUGCAAAACCUGUAUGAUUUCAGUUUGGGAGAUGUCUCUGUGUCUACUUCACUACCAUGAUGAAGUAUGGAAAUGUGCCUAUCCUUUAUCCAUUAGUAGUCAGGUUAAAGGAUCAUGAAGUAGACAUAGCCUGUGCAAUAUGAAUCACUUACGCUAUUAUGUUUGUGCUUUGUGUAGA